AUGAACCCUAGGAGUAAAGGGCUUGGGCCAAUUUCGCUCUUUGUAUCAGCUAAAAAAUUCACUGCGCAGGGUGAAAGGAUACAUUCAUAUUUGUGGCGUUUAAAGCAAGCGCGAGUAGAGCCAAGUGUUUUAUCUCGUAGUAGUACUGAUAAGCAUGGUUCAUGUUAUGAUAAAGAUCCUGAAUGUUCACAAGAUGUUUGUCGAAAUUAUCCUUAUACAGCUAAGGAACGAUGUCCUAAAUUUUGUGGCUUAUGCAGUGAUUUGUCAUCAUCAAGAAGUAGCGAUCAUUUGUCAUCAAAAUUCUCAUCAUCACAUCAACAAAGUUCAUCACUGAAAAGCGGAAUCAUUGAAUCAUCAACAAUUGAUAAAGGUGAUAAUAAGUGA